AGAAAAUAGAAAACAACUUCUUCGUCCUUCCUUCCUUUCUUCCAUCACUGAAUCAAACCCACCAUUGCAAAUGUAUCGAUCAGCAGCCAGGCGAUUGCUUCCAUCUUUAUGCUCUCGAAUUCCAAUCCCACCGCCUCCUUUUCGUUUUCUCUCUACUGAUCAAACCCUCAAUGGUUUCAACACCACCUCAUCCGCCCAAGGAGAUGGUUUUCAUCAUCGUUCCGAUACCGGUGCUGCUGCUGGUGCCUCAAGAAGAACUACACCUAGGGCUAAUUACGAAGAGGAACAAGCUCGAGUGCUCGCCGCAUCUCUUCAUCACGUGAUUAGAUUGGGAUGGACUGAACCAGCAAUGAUUGCAGGUGCAAGGGAUGUUGGUGUUUCCCCUUCCAUUGUCGGAGCUAUUCCACGAAAAGAAGGUGCAUUAGUAGAGUAUUUUAUGGACGAGUGUUUGCAAAAACUUAUUGAUGCAAUUGAUUCUGGUGAGUUACAAUUACAAGAUUUGGUACCGAGUGAACGCAUUGCAAAGCUUGUUAAAGCUCGCUUACUAAUGCAAGCUCCAUACAUAUCAAAGUGGCCUCAAGCUCUAAGCAUUCAGGCACAGCCGUCAAAUUUCCCAACAAGCUUCAAACAACGAGCAAUGCUGGUUGAUGAGUUCUGGCAUGCUUCAAGUGAUGAAGGGGAUGGUGUUGAUUGGUACGUGAAGCGCACUGUUCUUGGUGGGAUAUAUUCAACAACAGAAAUAUACAUGCUAACGGAUAACUCCCCAGAUUUUCAUGAUUCAUGGAUAUUCUUAAAUGGCCGAGUCAGAGAUGCUUUUGAUUUAAAGAAGACCUUUCAAGAGGUGAAAUAUUUUGCAGAAGCAGUUGGGGCAGGGAUGGGAGGUUCAUUGCAGGGGUUUAUGAAGAAAGGUUGUUAGAAUUGAAUACGAAGGUUGCAGUUUAACAAAGUUCUAGGCAGCAUUGGAUCUGGUGGCCUUAUAAAUCCUAGGUUUAUCAUUUAUGCAAGAUAGUAUCAGAAAUGGUUUCUUUUUUAUCUUUAGAAAGCUCUUUGUUUGAUUGAUUAUCUUUUUCAUUACCUGAAGAAAUAAACUAUUUGUAUCCGGUGUUCAGCUUACCAGAACGUUUGGAGAAAAUGAAUGGAAAGGGGAUUUUGUGUUUGUUGCUCU